AUGACACCCAACCCUUUCCUCCUUGCGGCAGACAACAGCCCCGAGCUGCUGCCCCUUCUCCGUAAGAACCCGUCAUUGGCACCAUCGCAAGACGAGCAUGGCUAUUCUCUUGUCCACGCCGCCGCCAGCUACAACCAUUUCGACCUCCUCCGUGCUUUGAUCGCAGAAUUCAAAGUGGACGUGGACCUCAAAGACGAAGACAAUGAAACUGCACUGUUUGUUGUCGAGACGCCCGAGAUGGCCAAAGUCCUUGUUGAAGAGUUCGGCGCAGACCCUCUUCACAGGGGAACCGAUGGCUUUACGGCAAAGGAGAAGAUUGAGGAGGAAGGCGAUUUCCCGGCUGUGGUAGCCUAUCUCAGCACCUUUGAAUCUGGCCGAAAAUUCGAACGAACGACCGCCGAUGCUACCUCAGAAUCCAUUCCCCCUCCUCCCGAGGGUUUGCAGAUCAGGAUCGAUGUGAUGGACCAGGGAGAAAAUGUCCCAACCGAUGUCGACCAAGAGUUCCGCCGUCGUAUCGAUGAACUGGCUCAGCGUGAUGACAUCGACACACCGGAGGGACAGGCGGAAUUGCGGAAGGUGGUCGAGGAUGCAUUGGCGGGCCAAGGUCUCGGUGGAGAGCGUUCAGUACGUAACAAGACUGACUGA